UGCACCUGCUACAGCCUCUAUGAAAAGGGUCUGGUCAGCUUCGAAACUCGAGCCAUCCAGGGUCCGGGCCAAGUUCCUGUAUCCACCUCAAGACGAUCCUGCUUCCUACAAUUGGUGAAAACGCACGCGAACCAAAUGCCAAAUCACACUCGCCACUUGAGUUCUGGAGACGCUGGGCCCAGAACACAAUUGUGCCAGUUUGAGGUGAUCCAUGUCGCCUCGGGCGGCCAGAUUAAGGGCACAUUGGUGCGACUGGGAGGGCAUGAAUAUCUGUUGACGACCAAUCUUUCAAAUGUGCAGGUGAGUGAUUAG